AUGCAACGCAACUACGAGGAACGAGCACAGCACAACUAUUGGCAAGGUAUCAAAAUGAACUUGCAUGCUGCACCUGCUUGCGCAAUAACAAGAGCAGAAAACAGCAGGGUUAUCAAGGCGGGCAUUCUUUGGACCGACAUCAGCGAGGGCCUGGCACCCCGGAACGACACCCCUGCUACGACACCGAUUCAUAUCAAGACCAUCAUAACGCACUGGAUGACUGUACUGUGCCAUAUCAAGACCAUUGGCAAGGGCAACCUCCUAUCCCUAAAGAGGAACAGCACGGCACGGAAGGAGGUCGAAGCAGCUCUCCUUAAAAGCAUGAAAACGUGCAUGCAGAAUUACCAAGGCGGGCUCAAGCCAAAGGGCUACGAGGGCAUGUUCAACACGGUGCGGACGGAGGUGAAACAGCUGAAGGAGCAGGGCACCUGGGAGGAGCCGACAGAUGACAUGCGGCAGAAGGCCGACAAGGAAGCCAGGGAGAAGGCCUUGGCAAUCUUUGGGCGCAUCAAGCAGAAGGCGGGUUUCGUGGACAAGAAGAAGGAUGUACAAUAUUACCCCGACCCCUUUGUUACCCCUUGGUAAGGGGCUACCCCUACCCCUUUGUUACCCCUUGGUAAGGGGUUACCCCUACCCCGGGGUUAGGUUACCCACCCCCCUUCGUACAUAGCCACAUGGGUAACCACUUACCCCUACC